AGGAAGCAGCAGAGCCAUUUUUACUGUUGAGUAACUGCAUGCUGGUCUGCGUGUGCUGGAGAGAGUGAGAGAGCGAGCUAGAGGAAUAAAGUGCUCCACCUGGAUCUUAUCGGAGCCCUCUCUCGCCUUCCCUUCUAAUUCUUGGUUUCGGCUUGUGUCCAUUUAAGUUAGGGAGGCCCUGGAGAGGACACACAAUGGAGCGAAGAGCCUGUGGCAACUGGGCCGUUGUACUACUGAGAGGGGGAUGGGGUAGAGAGAGGACCGGUUCACACAGCUAACACAGCCUGCCGGCUGUAGGCUUCAACAGCCUUUCCUCCCCGCCUGGACCCACUGUUUCCAGGCUGGGGCCUUUUUUUUGUGGAUCUGCCACCCUCAAACAACGCUUGGACUACACUAAGGAUUAAUUACCGUGUUUUGUGGGAUUUUAGGAUACAUACUGGAGCCUGAAGAAUAAUACCUCCCUGUGUUUUGGAUAAGAGAAACGAAAAAACAAACUUCGGUGUAGUUCUUCUUGCCCGUUUUUGGUUUCUGUUUCAGUUUAGUGGAGUUCGUAAAAGGAUUACAAGAUGCAUGCCAAGUCAAACGAUUUGCUGGAUUUUCAAAAACUGGAUGCCCUCCUGGAAAAAAUUGCACAUUCAGUCUCUGUGAAAAGAGAGUCCAGCGAGGAGUGCAAUGGGAUCAGCGGUGCUCUGUCAGUGGAGUCUGUGCCGGGGCCAAGACUGAAUUGGUGUCCUGCCAACACCACUACCCCUGCCCCUGCCCCUGCAGCUCCAGCUCCUGCUCCGGGGCCCGAGCCCGCGCCCAACCCUGUUAGAAUGGGGGACGGCCUGGAUGCAGCGCAGAUGUCGGGCAGCGGCAGCAGCCAGGGGCAGGCCCAGCAAAUGGGCAACCCCCCACCCCCAGAGUACAUCAAUCCCAACAGGCCAAAGCGCCAGACCAAUCAGCUGCAGUACCUGCUCAAGGUGGUGGUGAAGGCCCUGUGGAAGCACCAGUUUGCCUGGCCCUUUCAUAUACCAGUGGAUGCGAUCAAACUUAACCUGCCUGACUACUACACAAUAAUCAAAACUCCUAUGGAUAUGGGAACAAUCAAGAAAAGGCUUGAGAACAGUUACUACUGGAAUGCCCAAGAAUGUAUCCAAGACUUCAACACAAUGUUCACCAACUGCUACAUAUACAACAAGCCUGGAGAUGACAUAGUCUUAAUGGCUGAGGCUCUGGAGAAGGUUUUCCUCCAAAGGGUCACAGAAAUGCCUCAGGAAGAAACUGAGAUUGUUGUCAUGACCGGGAAAGGACGUGGCCGGGGCCGAAGAGACGGAGGUCUGAACUUGAAACCAGGACCCAUCAUUGAUUCUUCGUCCUUGACUCCUACAACACGUGGUCUGUCAAACCUCUCAGCAGCACCGCAGACCAGAGGACCAUUGCAGGGCCCACCUUCACUACCUCCCCAGCCUUUGAUGCAGGCCCUGCCGUCCCACGUGGCCCCAACAUUACCCAGCCAUGCACCACAGCUCGGAGCUCCCUACUCUCUGGGCCAAUCAGACUGUGCUCCUCAAGUUCCCAUCAUGACUUCUGUGCCUCCCCCUGCUCAGACCUCCCUUCCCCCAGCAUCCAUCCAGAGCACUGCCCCCAUGCUGCAGAGCCCUAUAACCAUGACCAAACAAAGAAAGAGCCAGAAAAGGAAAGCUGACACUACAACGCCCACAGCAAAUGACCAACUGAGUGAGUCUUCACCAGCAGAGUCCAAAUCUGGGAAGACACUACCCAGGCGAGAGAGUACUCGGCCUACAAAACUGAUAAAGAAGGAUGCUCCCGACUCCCAGCAUCACAUAGGCAUGGGGAUGGGACUGAGUGGACCAAGUGGAGGUCAUAGCCCCAAACCACAGGAUCAGCUGGGAUACUGCGCUAGUCUGGUUAGGGAUAUGCUGUCCAAGAAGCAUGCUGCUUACGCCUGGCCAUUCUACAAACCUGUUGAUGUGGCUGCACUGGGACUACACGAUUAUCACGAUAUCAUCAAAUAUCCAAUGGACCUCAGCUCCAUCAAGGCCAAGCUGGAGAAUAGGCAAUACCGAGAACCCCAGGAGUUUGCUGCUGACGUACGAUUAAUGUUUUCCAACUGCUACAAAUAUAAUCCACCAGACCACGAGGUGGUAGCUAUGGCACGCAAGCUACAGGAUGUCUUUGAGAUGCGCUUUGCCAAGAUGCCAGAUGAACCUGAGAGCAAGCCACUGGUUGCUGCCCCAGUUCCAACACUUCACCAUCCUGCCCCUGUUAAGCCCCAGCCUCCUUUGGCCCAUGUCGCCUCGUCUUCAGACAGCUCCAGUGACUCAUCCUCGGAGUCUGAGUCAUCCACAGAUGACUCGGAAGAGGAGAGAGCCCAGAGGUUGGCAGAGCUCCAGGAACAGUUGAAGGCUGUCCACGAGCAGCUGGCUGCCUUGUCCCAACCACAAGCCAGCAAACCAAAGAGAAAAGAGAAGGAAAAGAAGGAGAAGAAAAAAGAAAAGCAUAAGAAGAAAGGAGGCAUGUUGGGCCUUGUAGAUGAGAUCCAGGAUGCUACACCUGUUCCGCAGCUCUCUAAGAAGACCAAGACCAGUAACAAUAACAACAAAGAGGUCGUACCCAAGAAAAAACCCAGUAAAAAGGAAGGGAUGAAAAGCAAUCACCCCUUCAACCUGCUCCCGGUUCCUAGCCUGGAAGAAGAUUUGGGGGCCGCUGGGUCAUCAGCUACAGGGGAAAAGUGCAAGCCUAUGACGUAUGAGGAGAAGAGGCAGCUAAGCCUGGACAUCAACAAGCUUCCUGGUGACAAGCUCGGCCGUGUAGUGCACAUCAUCCAGUCCAGAGAGCCCUCACUCAAAAACUCAAACCCUGAUGAGAUCGAGAUUGACUUUGAGACGCUAAAGCCUUCCACUUUGCGCGAGCUGGAGAGAUAUGUGUCUUCCUGCCUCCGCAAGAAGAAAAAGGUUCCAGUUGAGAAGCCUGUGGAGUCAAUGGCUACCUCCAAAAAGACUGGAUCCUCUUCAGAGAGCAGCGGCUCCAGCACAGACAGCGAAGCUGAGGGGACAGGAAUAAUAAAGCAUCAGAAUCACAAGAAGAAGGGCCAGUCUGUGAAGGAGGGGAAGAAGACCCAUCCGCAUGUACACAUUCAGAGUGGCCCUGCUCAGACUGCGCUUCAUUCCCAAAUUGCAGGCCUUCAGUCCAGCAGUCAGAUGAAGCAGCAGCAUCAGCCAUCUCCCGCAGGCUUCAUUGCUCCCCCUGUAGCUGCUCUGGAGUCUUCCCAGUUACUGGAGACUAGCUUUGAGUCCCUGCCACCUUUCGGCCAGCCCCUUAUGCAUCUGUCCCACCACGCAGGCAACUCCUCCUCACCCUCACCCGCACCUCCACACCUCAACGCUCAUUCUGCAGGGCAAGUGUCCCCUGAGACCCACCCCUUCCUCAACCAGCAUCCCGUCCUCACAUCCCCAGCCUUGCACAUUUCCAUGCCUCAGCAGCCUUCUCGACCCAGUCACAAGGCAGCGCCUCUUCAUCCCAAACCCCCCCAGCAGCAAACGGCCCCUCCUCAGCAGCAGCCAACCCUGCAGCAGCAACAACUGCCUCAGCAGCAACUCCAGCCCCAGUCAGCGCCACCACCACCACCACCACCACCACCACACCACCAGCUUUCCUCCCAGAUUCUCCACCCUCCUCAGCCCCUGCACCAGCGGCCCAUGUCCCCUCCAACACUCACACCCCAGGGCUUGCUGUCUUCCCAGCCUCCCCAGAUGCUGCUGGAGGAUGAUGAAGAGCCAGGGUCUACAACGCCUAUGAACCAAGUACAAUUAUACCUGCAGCAGUUCCAGCAAGCCCGUCAGCCCCAGCAGUCCAUGCAGUUGCUCCAGGCCCAGGCUCGUCAGCAGCAACAACAGCAACAGCAACAACAACUGCAGCAGCAGCAGCAGCAGCAGCAGCAGCAGCAGCAGCAGCAGCAACAACAACAACAACAACAACAACAACCAGGACAGAUCUCUCUUCUGCAGUCUGUCCAGGGACAAUCUCAACUCUCCUCUCAGACCACGCUGCCUCCUCCCCGGCUCCCUAUUCAGUCCCAGGCUCAGCCAGCCCCUUCACAUCAGGCCCCGCCCCAAAUUCCUCUACACCAGUCCCACCACAUGCAGCACACUCUGCCGCAGCAACAGCAGCCACAACAGCAACAACUGAACUACCAGCAGGGUCCUGGACUAGCUGGUCCGUCCCAGGGAUCACAACACAAGGUAUCCAUGCCCACCAACAAAGCACAGCAGAUCAUCCAGCAGCAGCAAGAGCAGCCCUCCCCUCGCCCAACCAAGGCUGACCCUUACAACGCAGGUCACAUGAGGGACAACCCAUCCCCUCUCAUGAUGCAUUCCCCACAACUUCCCCAGUAUCCACCCGUGUCUCACCAGUCCCCACCUCACAACAUGCAGCCCAAAAAGCAGAGGGCCCCUGUGAGCCAUGGUGGGGUAAAGGAGGAGAAACUUCCUCCAUCACCAGUGAUCCGAGGAGAGCCAUUUAACCCUGCAAUGAGACCAGACCAUCACAAACAUCCUGAUAACAAGCUUUCUCAACCAGGCCACGGCCAACAGAAUGUAAAGUCCAUGGACAGCUUGCGACCUGUCAUCCGCUCCUCCCAGUCCAGUGGACCGCCCUCCUCUCUGCAAGACAAGGAUAAGUUCAAGCAGGAGUCCAAGAUGCCCAUUGCCCCCAAAAAGGUACAGGAUGUGAAACUGAAGAAUAUGGGCUCAUGGGCCAGCCUGGCACAAAAGUCCACAUCUACACCCUCAUCUGCAGUGAAGUCAUCAAGUGACAGUUUUGAGCAGUUCCGUCGUGCUGCCCGGGAGAAAGAGGAGAGGGAGAAAGCACUGAAGGCCCAAGCCGAGCAGGUGGAAAAAGACAGACUACGCAGAGAGCAGGACAAACUACGGGGUCGAGAUGAAGAGGACAUCAUGGAGCCAAGCAGAAGGGUGCACGAGGAGCCACGCAGGCGUCUAGAGCAGCAACAUGUUCAAGCUCCUUCGCAACAACAACAGCAACAGCAACAGCAACAGCAGCAGCAGCAGCAGCAGCAGCAGCAGCAGCAGCAACAACAGCAGCAGGAGCCCCAGCCAGCUGCCAUUCAGCAGCCUCCUCAGUCCCCCACACCGCCUCAGCCUGCCACACAGAACCCACUCGACCAACAGAGGGAGCUAGCACGCCGCCGAGAGCAGGAAAGGAGGAGGCGAGAAGCGAUGGCAGCAACUAUUGACAUGAAUUUCCAAAGUGACUUAAUGGCUAUCUUUGAGGAGAAUCUGUUUUGAGGAGAGGAGCAACUGAAACGAAACAGCAAAAAAAAGGAGAAAAAAAACUUGGGAUAAUGUAAACUUCCUCUAAAGAGAGAACUGGCGACCACGCACCACAGAGGGACACAGACUGUAUGUAGAUGUGACGGGCCCUCGGAGACCGAGUACAAACGCUGGACGGGCGCUCAUCGCUCGCUUUGCCCCUGUGGACGGAACACACAACACAUGGGAAUAGUCUCAUUGUUUUGGAUGUCAUUUCCUGGGAAUUUGGCAUUACCUACCUGAUAUCUCAUAACGGGAGAAAGAGACAACUUGGCACAGUUGCCUGCUUUGUCACUUGCCUCUUGUGCGUGGACCCAACAUAAAUUGCAAGAGUAAAGACAACUAUGAAACUAUGAAAAUGCUCUGAUAAUGUACUGACAGACCGUGCAGACGUGUUUUAAAACUGCCAGAUGUCUGAGGUGGUAAAGAAGACUGGUCUUUUAUGUUUUGAUUGUUGUAAGUGAACAAAUUAAAUGGUGGGGGGGGGGGGGCAACUUCCAUACUGUAAAUCAUGUAUAUUUCUCAGCAGAGAAGGUACAGUUUGCCUUACACCUCUUUCCUAAACAGACCAUUAUGUUCUGUGGCCUGCACACAUGGGAAAAACCAAUAACAUUUACAACCAGGAGUAGGAGCAGUGCAGAGCUUUUUUUCAUCAUCUUAAUAUCUACUGUAAAGAAGUAUUUUCUUAUACUACAAUAACGGUUUAUUUUGGAUCUUUUUUUUUUCUCUUUAGGUCUUUGAAUCUCCAUACUAUCACACUCCAUCACCUAUGUCUAUGCCAAACAACCCAUUAUCUUUUAUGCUAAAUUACUUGUCCUAAAACAUGGUAGGUAGCUAGUGACAAAAAAAACACAAAAAAAAAACCUGACUAUAUGCAUUAUCAUAGUUCCAUCACGUAUUUAUCAAAGACAGAAUCAGUUGAAGUUUUAAUCAUGCCUUGUAUUUUUCAUUUAAAGCUACUUGUAAGCAGAAGAGGGGAAAGGUCCGGCCGUUUCUGAACUUUAUUUGGAGUAUGAUUUCACUACAAGUGUCGCACCAUUCUUUGUAUUACACUUUGAGACAUAAUGUUGGAAAUGUUGAUAUCAUUGGCCUGUUUGCAACAGUCACACUACUGGAUCAGUUAAAAAAUGAGAAGGUGAGGAGCCCCUUGCUGUUCCCUCUGUGUGUGUGCUCUGAACUUGCCUAAAGAUUUUGACCACAUGUCAACAGGCAGAGUGCUCUAGGCAGGAAGGGGGCGAUCCGGGGAGUAAGACAGACACCGCCUUUCUGUAGCUGUUACUUGAAUCAGGUUUAGUAAAAAUAGCUGAAGGGACUGGAAGGAGCUCCCACUUAGUUUAAAUUCUAAUUGACUGAGGGCACACUGUCAACAAUACAAAAUAAAAAGACAAACAAAAGUUAAGAAAUGUAAAACUCUGAAAAAAAGCUGUUUUGAUUUAUAUCUUUGUUCUUGUUCGAUAAUAGUGGAUGUGAGUUAUAAUUCUGUUCUUGGAGACAUUGGACCGGGGAUGGGUUGAAAUCGGAAUGCAUCUCGUCCUCUUCACUUGUCUCUUAUGGUGUUUUUCUCCAGUGCCUGUAUUGUAUUGCAAUUCUCGUUGGCUUAUAUUACACUUUGAGGUGAGGUGGGGGGGGGAGGUUUAGAAAGGGGGCAGGUCAGGAAUGGGUGGUGUAAUAUUUGAAUGGGGAGGGAGAUUUUUGAAAGAGUUUGUGUAAAAAAAAAAAAAAAAAAAAAAACAAAAAAAAAAGGACAAGACAGUGUUUUAUAUUUUACCCGUUGUCAAUAUUCGGGUUUUAAAUUUAGUUUUAGCUGGACUUCUAUGAGUGUACACAUCUGACAGCUAAUUUCUUAUUUUGUUCAAUCAGCAGAUUUUAGGUAGAUAUGUUUCAGCGUUUCCACACGUCUGGUCUGUGAGUGUGACUGUGUAUAUGUGGACGGCUGUGUGACUGUUUUUUUUUUUUUUUUUUAAGUGUGUGGUGCAGGAGGCAUGUUCCCCGAUGUAGAUGAGCAUUCUAUUGAUGAGGAGAAUAAACAGAUAAACAGUACUUCAGGAGAACUUGAUUCUGUGCUUAAGUCACCUUUUUAAUUUCAUUGAAGUCCACCAUAUAUGAAAUAUAGAAUUUUUAUCAGACUGGUUUUGAAAGGGUAAGAAAAAAACUUCAUUCUUUUUUUUUUUUUUUUUCCUUUUCACAGUAACUGUUGGACAUAAUGUGCCAUGAGUUGUACAGAGAAUGUGCUGACCUGCAGCUCAGCCCAGAGUUUGCUUUAUUCAGGUAUUUUAUUUUGUGUUACAUUUGUUCUGUUUUGGGGGUUUUGUUCAAACAUUAACCUCAAUUUAUUGUUUGGUAUGUGAGUGGUCUAUUGAGGUCUGAUUCAGUCUGUUAUGAUCAUUGAAUAAACUCAUCUCUUUUAUAGAAAAUAAAAAAAAACUAAAUUCA